UGACAGUGACAGCCAGCACGAAUAUUUUCAUCUGAGUCCGGCGCACUUCCUGGGGGCUUGGUCCAACCUGAUGGAGCCUGAGACGAUCUGCAGCGUCACCGUCAGGCGGCCAAUCACAUCGCUCGUGUUGCCGCGGAUAUUUGAAAACAGAAAUGGCGGAGGUUCGAAGUGUGCUGCAGCAGUGUGACCCGGCUCUCCUGGACCCAGCAUCUGAUCAGUGGGACUGUGAAGCCGGCAGGAUGCUGCUCCAGCUGACGGACAACCGGCGUAUCCAGAAGGUUCUGCUGCGUCAGCUGUUUGUUCUGGACGCCAUGAUGUCUCUGCUGGAGGGUCUACAGUCUGCCCGGCAACUGAUGACACUGCCCUGCCCCCCAAACCCUGAGGGGGGGGGCUCGCCACAGGUGGAAGGCUCGGAAGAUGGAGAGCCUGUCGAGGGGGGAGGAGACGGAGACUCUGCUGCAGUGUCUGCAGGAGAAGAUACAACAGAUACACACCAAGAGACACACACUCACACAGCUGGUCGCACAGCUGCACAGCAAGAAGCAGCAGUGUGAACAGCUGCAGGAGUCUCUGCAAAAAGCCCAGAAUGCAUUGCAGAUCUAUGACCAUCAGCUGAUGUCGCUGGUGGUGGAGUCAGCGGCAGCGCUGUGUCAGCUGACCGGCUGGCAGCGAAUCAGAGACGAGCUGCAGGCCUACGUCUCCUCGGCGCAGGACUUCAUGCAGAUCAACCUGCUGUCCAUCACCCAAUCAGAGCUCAGAGUGGAGCUCAAGCCCCGCCCCCCUUCCCCGCUGUCGUCCAAUGAGCUGGAGCCUCUGCAGCUGUCCGUCACCUGGAGCCAUGACGACCGCUUCACCCUGCAG